CUUUCCUGUUUACAGUUUAAGUUCGAUAAUGCCAUUGGGUUUCUCUCAGUCGCUCUCGCUAAGAUGGCGGAUGAUAGCGACCGCAGAAAUGUUAUUUCAGAAGCGGUUGUUCCUAAAGGACUAAGAUCUAGAUCAAGCCAACCAUGAUACUUCUGUUAUAAAUAUGAAUUCAAGUCCUUGGUCCCCCUACACUCCAUCAUAUCUGAGCGGUGAUUCACCGCAGCUUCCACAUCCGGUUUCGCAUGAAGAACGUUUAAAUAACUUUGGAGGAAAUUCAUCAGUGCAGUUAACACCCUAUCAAGCUGUACCAACAAGAACAAACAAUAAUAUUAAAAAAAAUAAACUAGGGCCAACUCCUAGUUUUGAACCUCUUAUCUCGCCUAAAGAUACUGCAGAUUAUAUUUUCAAUUCCUGUAAAGAAAAUAAAGCUGGUCUUUGUGGACUUGCCCAGAUGCAGAGCUCAUUAUCUCGUAAUGAAGGAAACAGUUUUCCUUCUUCGGAAAAUAAUGGUUAUACUGGACAAGUCCCUUCUAUUUCUUAUCAUUCCUCAAACAUGGAUCAACCACCUCAUGGUCUGUUUGGAGUGCUCCCUCAUGAGGCUGUUAUGCCUCGUAAAAAUAGAUUUGAGAGGAAUGGUGAAAACUUUAUCACUCCCAUUACUAAAGCAACUGCUGCUUCUUACAACAAUGGGCCUUACGCAGAUCAUGACACCACAUAUAAUUCUGCACCAUUAUCUGUACAGUCAGCAUAUUCGGGUGAUACUGCUUCACUGUCUCCCGUUGUUAAUUCCGUUUCUUCAUCUAACUUUUCUUCACCAAGUGAAUACUACAACAGUCCAAAAACCAAUUUUGGAGCUUAUAAUAGUUUACAGAGCCCCAUGCCUCAAAGUCCUUCUAUGGCUCAACAUUCUUACCCAUCGUCUCCUUUUACUAAUAUGGAUGCUGUUAAUCACAUUUCUGUGCCACCUUGUUCACCAAUGAAUGGUGGAAAUUAUGUAAAUAACAUGAAUGGAGUUCCUGCCAGGAAUAGUCAAACAAACCAUCAUAGUCCUAGUACCAGUGCUGCUAAUAAUGUUUUGUGUUACACGACACCACAGGUUCAAAACAUGACUCACCAUGGACCAUCACAGUCAGGAUUAUCUAAGGUAUCUGAUUAUAAUGCUGAAUACAUUUAUGCACAUGAGCAGAAUUCAUCUUCAUCUUAUUCAUCAGUUUAUCCAACCAUGCAUUCUGGGCAGAUGCCAAAUGGAAAUAAUUCAAGACUAUCUCCAAGGGCUCAUUCCCUCAUGAAUUCAGUUGCUCAUGAAGGAAGGAUACAUUAUGGGCUUAAUGGAGCAGUGCCGUCUUCUACAAUAUCAAGCCCAAAUUAUAUGCCAUCUAAAGUAAACCAUGAAAAUCUCUAUGGUUCUUGUUCUUCCAAUAUCUCUGGUGGACAGGUAAUGCAUCCACCCAAAUAUUUACCUUGCUCAUCUUCAAUGAAUUCUCACAGAAAUUUACAUUCAGCACCCUCAUCAAUGAUGUCUAACCACAUGAGUAAUGACAAGCAAUAUGUGUUUCCAUCUUCAGAUUUGGUUGAUGAUAAAGGAGCCCUGGAUUUGUUUAAUUCUCAUGUUGAUUCAGGAGCUCAUGAACCUGAAUUAACUAGUUCUAUAAGUAACUUCUUGGAGAAUGACCUUCAUAUGUUAGAGUCGGAGACUGUUACUGGCAGGCAGUUAAGACCAAGAAUGAAUGAAUACAAUUCAAACAAAUCUGCAACCCUAAGAAAUACAGAUAAUAGCAUUGUUCAGACUCCUUCAGCAUUAAACGAGCAUGUGAAUGGUGGCUUGUUAACAGCUGACACUAAAUACCCUUAUAGUUCCUCUUUAGAUCAGAGUCGUCCCGAAAAUUAUAUGAAUAAUCUCCCUAAGAAGAGAGGUCGAAGAGGUAGAAAAAGAAAAGCUGAUGUAAAUGGCAGAAAUACGUGGAGAAGGGGUCCACUUCCAAAAAAAGAUCACACUAUUUUCAAUAAUGGAGCUUCUUUACCUGCAAAAAAUAUUCAUGAAGUGAGUGGUACUAGUUACUAUAAAAACUCAUCAAGAAAUCUUGAUGAAAGAGCUCUGACACCAAAGAGUGAUGAUUAUUCCAGACCUAAAGUUUCAGUGAAACAAUCUAUUGGUGAAAAUGCAAUUGGUUUUGCUUCUGAUGUUUUCCAUGAUAAUGGUAAAAAAAAUGAACCGUAUAAUACUCAAGAGCAUAUAAGGGGACCGUAUAAUACUCAUGAAGUUUUAAAAGAAAUGAUGGAUUUAAUACAGAAAAGCGUAAUAACUAGAAGAAGGACUCGGAACACUGAUAGAAGAGAAUCGCCUUUUCAAGCUUGUUUUAAGGAUUUUGUUUCGCAAAGAAAGGUCAGCCCUGAUGAUCAGUGGCCUCCUCCUCAUCUGCUUCCGAAACAAGAAAAAACACUAGAACAACAUAAAAGUAAGAAAAGUAGAGGAGCUGAUACUAAUUCUCACAAAAUCAAAUUAACUCUGGUCCGGCAAACCAGGGAAUGGUACUGCAUAAAUGAUAUCAUACCAAGUCAAAGUGAUGAUGAUGGUAGUAAAGAGAGAAAUGUCAUUUCAUUGUCUGAUGACACUUUAUCUGGUCAGUCUUUUAAUAAUGAUGUCAAUAGUGGGGAGGAAAAAAGCAACCAUUCUAUUCUAAUAAAUAGUAGUUCUAAGGUAACAGAAAAGCCUAGUGCCAACAGGAAAGUAAAAUCUAAUGAUUUAGAAGAAAGUCAUCUUAACUACUCUAAUAAUUAUCAAACUCUUCCGGCAGGCAAAGUGAAAGCAGAAAAAUCAUCCGAGUCAUAUAAUUCUGAUGAGCAAGUUAACAUGCCUAAAAAGAGUGGAAGGAAAGCUAAGUUAACACCCGAAACAAAUACAAACACAUCCAUAAAAACCACUGAUGCUUAUGAUGCUAUAAGCAAAACAAUAAAAAAAGAAAAAAUUGAUGAAGCUGCAUCUACAUCUGAACGAUGGAGAACUCUCAGAAGUAGGAAAAGAGAGAAUUCCUUGCCAAAAGAACCAGAGUCUGGGUCUACAGUUAAAGAUGAACCACCUGAUUACGGUUCCGAUUUAGAAAAUUUUGAUAUCGACGACACCGAUUCAGAUCCUGCAUGGACUCCUUCAACCAAGGCUGUGGACCCUGCAAAAUCUUUUACUGGCCAACUUCCAAGCCGAAAGAGGCAUUCCAAAAACAGAGGCAGAAAAUCUGCUUGUAAAAAUAAUGCUACCAAGCGAAAAAGGGGCAGAUCCCCUAACUCAAAUACUAAGAAAAAAUGUGCUGGUAAAACAGAGGCUCUUCCUGAUGUUAAAAAGACUCCGAACUCUGCUAAAAUGAAAAAAGAUGAAAACGAUCGAUUUUUAGUUGCCAAAGCAGAUAUAAACCUUCCUACACCUUAUAUAUGGAAAGUUGAUAAAAAGUCCAGUAUGCUACAGCGUUUUGAAAUAUCAGAACAAAAUGGAGUCCUUUUGUACCAUAGUUCUUUCACUUUUGCUGCUCGAAAUGAAAUAUCUAUAAAUAACUAUGUCACUGCGGAAGUGAGAAUAAAAUCGCCUGAUACUGUUCAGUAUCUAGGACCUAAUUUGUCAGAGGUAGCUGCACUAUCUCUUUCCAAAAUAAAGGCAAGUGUUGCACUUCCGAAAGAAUCUCCAAAGAAGAAAGAAGAGAAAGAAAAUUUUGAUCACUUGAAAGAUGAUUUUACUGUUUACAUCCAAAGUCUUCUUAGUCAAGAUGUAGAUUCUAGCUUCUUUGAUGAAAUAAAAAAAUUUAACGAUGAAUACUUUUUAGUUCCUAUUUCAAAUUUAGAAGCAGUCUCAGAAAGUAAAAAGAAUAAACUUACAAUUGAUUCCUGGAAUGAAAAACUGAAGAAAUGUUUGAAUACUUAUCCAUGCAUGAGCAUUGUAAAUAGUUUUAAAGAGAAAGCUAAUUGCCAGGUUUGUAAAAUAAAUAUGGGCUGCAAGCUGCUUCACUUCUUUGGCCAACCAUAUGAUGCAUUCACAUUAGGAAAUGUAGACAUGCUUAUAGAUACUGAAAUUGAAUUUGAUGUUUGUGAUAAAUGUUCUUCUGUUAUAUCAUUAUAUAACCGUCUACAUCAUCACAAAUAUAACCUCUUCAACAAAUGCCGCUCUAAGGCAAAUGAAGUGAAAGGUAGUAAUAAUCUUAUGUCGCAUGAGGAUGUGCUGAAAUCUUGUUUAGAAGAUAUUGCAUGGAUUGAAAAGAUGUUUGGUGAGCAAACACAGAUUUGGCAUGAAGUUGAAGAAAAAAGCUGACAAGUUUUAAAUCCCUCUUAAACAAGAUCCAAAAUCAGACUUUUAGAAAGCUAAUGAUUAAUGGACCAUGCUCCUAAACCGAAAUCGACUGCUUUGUGUGUUAUACUGCAUCAUGUUUUCAUCACAUUUGCAUUUAAAGGAUAGAGAAAGCCAUAUUUCAUUAGUGUUCAUUGAAUUUCCAUUCCAUAGACAAAAUGGUCUACUGCAAACCUUUUGAAAAUAAAGUUCUUUCUUGCUGUGUUAUAAGAUAUGAUCUUUGAACUGCAUUUGUUUAUCAUCUUGUGUCAUUAUCUCAACUUUGUCAAAUGUUCUUUGUGUCCUCAGGUGCUGUGCUUGACGUCUAGUUACGCAUUUGGUUCCAAACACUACUAGAGUCGACUCUCUUGUUUUUAAUUUUUUAAGCAUAUAUAUAUGUAUAUAUUUUAUGUUUCUUUUUUCCAAUCUAAAAACGUUCCCAUUUCUAAUUUAUUUCUCAGUAUGAGCUGUGUUAAAAAAAGAAAAGAAAAAACAGAUGAAAGUAAUUUUGAUAUUUAGCUAUUUGACACUGUACAGUAAAAUUAUAUAUGUGUGUGCAUGUACAGAAAAGUUUUAAAUGCCAAAUCACAUCUGGCAUAAAAGUGGGUUUACCUUUUGUUCCAAAGUGUUUAACUGUUACAAAUUUUAUUAAAAUAUUAUCUGUAUAAAAUGAG